AUGGAUAUAUAUCAAAUUUUUUCAAUUAUUAUUUUAGAUAACAAUGGUAAAAGACUUUGUUCUUUAUUUUAUGAACCAAUAGGAGAACCAGAAAAAAUUAAAUUCGAAAAAGAAGUAUUUGAAAAGAGUAAAGGUUCAAAUUGCGAACUAGAUAUUAUUCAGAAUCGUAUUAUUAUUGGAUCAAAACAAAGUGAUGUAUGGGUAUAUGUUGUAGGGAAAUCAUUAGAAUCAAAUGAACUAAUACUUUUAGAUGUUUUAAAUGUUUUAAUAUCAUUAUUCAAGAAAGCAUGCACAAAUAAUGAAACUGUAAUGGUAACAAAGAAAUUAUUUUUAGAAAAUUUUUCAACUAUUAAACUAUAUAUUGACGAAGUUGUUGCUGAUGGAGUAGUAUUUGAAACAGAUGAGGACACAAUUCUUAAUCGUGUACCUCUCCAAGACCAAGCCCUUAAUGAUUUGCAAACAGGUAUUGAAUUGGUCAAAGAAAAGUUCUCACUUUCCUCUUUAUAUUCUUUUACAAGAUCAUAA